AUGUGUCUCCCCCCUACAGGACUUGCAGCGGGACCGCUGGCUCCAUGGAUCAUGUGGCAACUUUGGAUCUCAAGAAACAGUCUCUGUUUUUCGGACAAGCACAUAACAGAGGAGGAAACCAUUAGCAGAGCUCUGAAAAUGGCGAAGGAAUGGACAGAUGCCCAAGAAAAGAAAGCUACGCCGCAACAAAAGAAGUACCUUAGAGAACCAUCCCCUCCGAACUGUUCGGUGUUGAGAGCAGACGCUGCUUGGAGAGCUUCAUCUCAACAAGCGGGAUUUGGAUGGACUAUCAAAAGACAAGAUGUUGUUGUUGCUAGUUUUUCUACAGGUAGCUCGGUGGGAUCAGCUCUUACAGCAGAAGCUAUGGCAAUGAGACAAGCAAUUCAAGAGGCUCGAAUCUUGGGACACAAGCGACUGGUAUGUGAGGCGGAUUCGCUGCAACUCGUCAAAGCCCUCAAUGGAGGGGAGGUCCCUCUAGAAAUUUAUGGCAUUGUGGCCGAUAUCUUCGUUUCUUCGGUUUACUUUGAUGUAAUCGCCUUUGGUUGGAUUCCUAGAGACUUGAAUGCUGAUGCAGAUGCUCUAGCAAAGCAAGGCCUUGUAGAAGGUACCUUAAUGGCCAGCACCUAA